AUGUCUGAUCUAGACGCGACAACGCCUCGCGUGUUCAUUGCUCGCCACGGAGAAACCGAAUGGACCAAGAAUGGUCGAUACACCGGAAUCACCGAGCUGGAGCUCACUGCCGACGGUGUAAAGCAAGUCACUGGCACAGCUCGCCAGCUUGUUGGGCCUGGGAGGUUGAUCGAUCCAGCCCGGAUUGCAAAAGUCUGGGUUAGUCCGCGUCGACGGACACAGCAGACGUUUCAGCUUCUUCUCAGCGCUGGCGGUGACUCUGGGCUAGAGGAAGACAAAGUAACUCUCACAGAGGAUAUAGCUGAAUGGGAUUAUGGCAUCUAUGAAGGCUUGCAAGCGGGUGAAAUCAGGUCCUUGAGGAGGGAGAGACGACUGGAUGAGAGCAGGGACUGGCAUAUAUGGAGCGACGGGUGCGAGGGUGGAGAGUCUGUUCCUUCGGCCUCAAAGAGACUGGAUAGAUUGAUUCAGCAGAUCCGUACAAUUCAACAACCUCAUAUGGAUGGCUCCAAGCCAGCUGAUGUCGUCUUGGUUGCACAUGGUCUUAUUCUGCGUGCUUUUGUUAAAAGGUGGCUGAAGUACCCUCUUGACACACCGUUGCCAAUGAUGCUGUCCCCAGGAGCCAUUGGUAUACUCAGCUAUCGAAAUCGUGAUAUAGAUGAGCCGGCAUUUUUUAUUGGGAUGGCGUUGCCCUGA